UAAAUUAAUUUAGAACAAAUAAGGAGAGUAGAUUCGAGAAUUCAAAUUAGGAACAAAUGCCAUUGCGACAUGCACGCAUCCCAGCAAGUAGUAGCUUACCUUACUCACAAGAGUGAGAUCCCGAACCGGUACAACUAGCAGCAUUCGCAUCGCAACUGUCAUCGCGACUGGUACCAGCAACUUCCUCGACCACAACUCAGCACACAGCAUGUCAGAACCAGCUUUUUCAACGAUACGCUUUCGCCCAAGCAAGAAGCGCAAAUACCGACAACGUGCGCCAGACGAAGACGACAGCGGCGAUACACAACCCGCGCCACCGACGCAGCGCGCCUCCGCAGCCGACUUCUUUCAAGAUGGGCAAGCCGACGAGGCCGACAGAGUCGUAAAGGCGCGCGCGAGGGCGCGGCUACGCGGCGUCAAAUUUCGCGCGACAACCCAACCCGAGGGCGACGAGCCAUCGCAAGCCCUGGUGCUACGUGGAGAGGACUCAGACGUCGUUCCCGUGGCGGGCAUCGCAGACCGCUUCACGCGCCAGACAGGCCUGACACAGGCUCUCGAUGAUAGGCACCUGAAUAACUUCAUAGAGUCUCGCCUCGCCAAUCGCAAUACAAGUCCCAAGCCUGCCUCGCCCCCCGAGCCUACUGCCACCGCUGAAGUGGCGUCGCAAGCAAGCGCCGCGCGACAGGUGCACAUUUCCUCCGAAGUCCAAGAAGUCGACAUCCCCACGAUACCCGAGAUCCCAUCUCGCACGCAACCAGCCGAGCGACCCGAGAAGGUCAAGCUGGGGCCGGACGGAAAACCAUGGCGGGGAGGGAGAAGGAAGAGGCGAGGAAGCGAUGAUAUAGCGCGAGACAAACUUGUCGAGGAGCUUCUCCACGAGAACAGACUGGACGUGUACAGCAUGCCGACGUCCGAGGCAGCUGCAGCAUCAGAAGGGGAAGAAGGCGACGCAGAUGAACGCCUCGCGGCCCAGUUCCAGCAGCAGUACAUGGAGGACAUGGCGAGAAAGCAAGCGAAGAAGAAGAAACCCGUCGCAGCGGGACAACAGGGCCAGGCUGCUGCUGCCGGUGCGGAAGAAGUAUUAAAGGGGCCAAAACUAGGUGGUAGUAGAAACGCCAGAUCGGCAGUGAGGGACAUGCUCCUGCGGAAGGAGAAGGAAGGAAAGAAAUGAUCAGCUCAGCGUGGACAUAUCAAACGCGACGGAAUAUAAAUAUGCAAAGCA